AUGGCGGACGCUGUGGAGGAGCUCACGCGGCUGUACCGGGAGCUGUCGCCGCGCCCGGCCGUGGAGGAGGUGGAGGCGGCGGCGGCGGUGCUGGCCUCGGCGGACGCGGAGGAGGAGGCGCGCCUCGCCGAGAUCGCCAGGGAGGAGGCGGCGGAGCGGGCGCGGGCGCCGGCGCCGGCGCCGGCGCCGGCGCGCAACUCCGUGCGCCUCCGCGCGCUGCAGCAGCGGAAGGAGGCCGUGCACGUCGUCGAGCUCGAGAGGCGCUUCAAGCUCUUCGACGACCUCAUCCAGAGGGCGUCGCGGGCGGUGUCCCCUGGUGGUGGUGCCAGGGGUGGCGGGGGUGUUGCCGUGGUCGACCACGAGGUCGUCGAGGUCGAGGCGAGGCGGAAUCCGGCGCUGGCCGCCGCGGCAACAGAGAUAGACCGUGGAAGCAGGGGUGGCUUGGGAUUGGAAUCCACGUCCGUCUCGUCGCUGCGUCGUGCUGCUUCAGCAGGUACUGACACAGAAAAGCUGGGCCUUAUCCAAGUGGCAAGCCUUAUAGAGUCAUCGGCAAAGAAGGGGACUACAGAGCUCAAUCUCCGGGGAAAGUUAAAAAACUUGAGAAGGUUAAUUGCUGAGACGAAUGAGCUUGAGGAGCUACCCUAUACUAUUGGAUCGUGCACCUCUCUUGUGGAGCUUAGAUUAGAUUUUAAUCAGCUCAAAGCCCUUCCAGAAGCCAUUGGGAAGUUGGAAAACCUGGAAAUCCUGACGUUACACUACAACAGAAUCAAAGGCCUGCCUACAACAAUUGGCCAUCUUACCAGGUUGAGGGAGCUGGAUGUCAGUUUCAAUGAAGUUGAGACUAUACCUGAUAACAUUUGCUUUGCAGCCAGCCUUGUGAAGUUGAAUGUCAGCAGAAACUUUGCCGACUUAAGAGCCCUGCCAAAAUCAAUAGGCGAACUUGAGAUGCUAGAGGAGCUGGACAUCAGUAGUAACCAGAUACGAGUACUUCCAGACUCUUUUGGGCAUCUCUCAAAGCUACGUGUGUUUCUUGCUGAUGAAACUCCACUGGAAGUACCGCCUAAAGAAGUUGUAAAAUUGGGGGCUCAGGAGCUGGUUAAUUAUAUGAAGAAUAUGGUUGCUGCAAGGGAAGUGAGCCAGAAGGAAACAGAUAAGAGGAGCUUCUGGACCUGGCUCGGCUCACUGUUUGGUUGUUGCAAAAAGAAUCAAAGGAUUGGGACCAGUUCCAGUUUAGCUGAACCAUUUCAUCUGCAUGUAUUGUCAUGA